AAUCCUCUUUCUUAGUAUCACUCUCGAGAUCUUGAAGCUUUGAUUAUAAAAAGAGAAAACUCGAAGGUCAUUUUCUUUUUCUUCAAAUGGGUCUUGAUGAUUCAUGCAACACAGGUCUUGUUCUUGGUUUAGGCCUCUCACCAACGCCUAAUAACUACAAUCAUGUUAUCAAGAAAUCUUCCGCAACGGUUGACCACCGUCUCGAUCCGUCGUUGACUCUAAGCCUCUCCGGUGAGAGCUACAAGACCAUGACGGUUGAGAUGACCGUUGCCGGUGCCGGAGAUCAGAUUUGUCGACAGACCUCGUCCCACAGCGGAAUCUCAUCUUUCUCGAGCGGAAGGAUAAAGAGAGAAAGAGAAAUCUGCCACGGCGACGACCAAGAAGAGGCGGGGGAUACGACGGAGAGAGUGGUGUGUUCGAGAGUGAGUGAUGAUCAUGAAGAUGAAGAAGGUGUUAGUGCUCGUAAAAAGCUUCGACUCACUAAACAACAAUCCGCUCUUCUUGAAGAAAGCUUCAAACUUCAUAGCACUCUUAAUCCCAAGCAAAAACAAGCUCUUGCGAGACAGCUGAAUCUAAGGCCUAGACAAGUUGAAGUGUGGUUCCAAAACAGAAGAGCUAGGACAAAACUAAAGCAGACAGAAGUGGAUUGUGAGUUAUUGAAAAAAUGUUGUGAGACUUUAACGGAUGAGAAUAGAAGGCUUCAAAAAGAGCUUCAAGAUCUUAAGGCUUUAAAAAUGCCUCCACCUUUUUACAUGCAUAUGCCGGCGGCAACUUUGACGAUGUGCCCUUCUUGUGAGAGAAUCGGCGGUAGUGUUGGUGCUGGAGGAGGAGGCGGUGGAGGUACGGUGGCGGUUGAUGGAGGAACGGCUAAGGGAGCUUUCUCCAUCGUCACAAAACCUCUCUUCUACAACCCUUUCGCUAAUCCUUCUGCAGCUUGUUAAUUACUUACUCAUUAAUUUGCUUAUUUAUCCAAUUAGAAAUUAGUUAGAAGGUAAAUCCCAGGGACAAAAGACUAAGUUAAAAUUGGGGGAAAAUGGGGUAUAGUCAGAGUCUUCAACGAUUCCACUUUAUUUUUCGGUGGGAUUGUUGGUUGAUGAAGAAAAAAAAAUAGUUUGUAAUUAUAGCUUUCAAUUUGUAGAGACAAAGAAGAAGAUAAUAGUACUACUAAUUCAUC